AGUUUAGUUUGACACGACUUAAAAGAGUAAAAACCCGUGAUCGUUAUUACUUCUAACCAUUUCUGCCAGGCAUCCUCACGAACACAUAGCUACAUUGUUGCAGAAUCUUACAAACGAUCUCUUUCUGCAGCCUUUGUGUCUUUUGUGUUGAACGUUAAAAACCGCCAUGGGAGCUCAAGACGAAACCAAUUUUAGUACAUUCCUAAAAAAAUUUGAAAAAGCGUUGUCUUUGCUGAAAUCCUACUGCGACAAGCCUAAAUCGUCCUUUUCUGAGAAUAUUUCUUUUCUGCUUGAUAAAUCUUUGGAUCAUCUAAAGAAAUUAGACAGUGAUGAUGUUUGUGACUUACAACCUGUUGAUCCCACACACGCAGCUCUUAUCCAGAGUCAAAGUGUAAAGGUAUUUUUCAACGACGUUUGGAAGAUUUCUACAAUACAUAGCAUCCAUCCUUCCAUUAUUACCUUUGCCGUAAACCUGCUGCUACAGCUAACCAACAAUGAAGUUAAGUUUAACCUCAUGUAUUCAGAGUCACAAAACAUCUUUACCAAAAUUCAACAACUGAUGGCAACUACAAUUGUAGAAAACAAUGAGUUUAAAAAAUCCAUCAUGAAUUUCUUUUUAAGCCUUGCUAAGUUUCCGGCAGGCCUAAAUUGGCUGGUGACUUCCGGUGCACUCCUAUUCAUUGUUGACAGCCUGAGUGACCGUACAAUAUUUACAAGAAAAAAAGCAGAAGAAAUCAUCAAUCAUGUUUUACAAUUAGUCGAUGACAUCCAAAGGGAAACCAUAUUCACGAAAUUAAUAGAACCAAUUUUCAAGGCCGGAAAUCAACUCCAAAAUCAUCAGAUAGAAAGUGAUAAACUGCAACCAUAUUUCGAAGUUUUAGCAAAUUACAUUACUCAAACACUUGUCACCAACAAAAGGGAUAAGUCGGCAGGCACUCUCUUGACCUUAAAUACCGAAAAGGUUCUCUUUAAUAUUGUAUCGACUGCCGAAAACGAAAAACUACUGACCCAAUCGGCCUCUCUUCUUGCGGCUAUCUACGCGAAGUGUGCCUUGGAAAAUGAAAAAGAACAUUCUAGUUGGGAAAUUAAAGCGGUAUCUUUGAUACAAUUGCUGUUACGACGUGGUUUCUUACGAGUUAGCCUGAGGAUGAUUUCCCACAGCUUGUUUGCUUGGAGUCAGUUGGAAAUAUCUAGCCUGUUCGUAAAACAACUUGUUCGUCUUAUGAUUAUUCCGAUUCUGGUCGAUACAGAUGAAGUAGCUGAUCAUUUUCCAUGCUACACAACGGUUUAUCAAUUUUGGGAAGAUUUAGAUGAUCAUUCGACGAAGCCCAUUAGCAGUAUGCUAACUACAAUGUUACGAUCAAACAGUGAGCUCAAUGAGCUCACAAGUGUGUCCUUGGUUGCCCUAAACAAAUCUAUAACUAAACUUGGCAAGGAUUUAGCAUUGAAAAUUACCCGAUCUGGACUGUUUCUUCUUGGCUGCCUAAAGGUUCCAGAAGCCAAAAGAAUGACACUUAUGUCCUUCACUCCACAGCUUGCAAUUAACUUAAUCAAGAGCUUAUGCUUGUUCAUAGAUGUAUAUAACAUUCGGUGGUGGGAAACCUACGAAACAAUAUGUCUACCAAUUAUCUUCACGAAGUUAGUAGCUUAUAAUGCUAGCCGGAAUAUUCAGGUAACGUGCGCUGGUCUAAAAGGGAUAAAAUUUUGCAUCCAGCAAUCUAUCCAUCCAGACCAAGUUUUGCUGCUAAACAAUUCACCGGAUUCCUCUCUGAAUGAAAUGGCGUCUCUACUCCAUCAGUGCACCGUUUCGGUUCAUUGGGAAGUCCGCGAUUCCGCAAUGGAAGUCGUGCUGGAAAUGGCCCAGUUGUCAGCUAUUAGGUAUCCGCCAUUUCAGCAUUUGCUGAUAAAUUCACAUUUACUUGAGGCGGCCUUGUCGGCGUUCAAUGACACAGAAUCUUAUGUACGAGCAACGGCAAUAGGAGUAGUAGCUGCCGCUACUCCUGUCCCUUUAUUAUGGGAACAUUUGAUCACUCACUCCAACGCAUCGGUUAUUAAUAGUUGCUACGCCGUACUACAACAAGAUAGUGAGGCCUUAGCUAGGCGUGCAGCCGCCAAAGCAUUGACGCUUAUUACACAAUCAGGACACUUCCCGUCUGACCUUGACAGAAAUGUACUCUACCGUUAUAUGAGCUCCGCUGCGCUUUCUGAUCUGGACUGGGAGGUUAAACUUCAGGCUUUAGAUUUUUGGCGAUGUAUAAUCGAUGAGACGCUGACACAGCAGGGAAUGUUAGAUGGAGCUUUCCCCGAAGUGACGUUUUCUAAAGAGAAACAGAAAAUAGUGCGAUUGGAUACCAAAGAAAUUCGUUCGAGGUUGCAAACUGCCUUAUCCGAAUUAGGUUCCUGUGGAUGCCUAUUCGUUUUACUCCAACUUGUAGAUGACUGCGAUGCACCCGUAAGGGAGAAAUCAAUUCGACUUUUACAUCAUUUGCGUGAUGUUUUGACCAAGUACCAAGCAUUGGACUUGCACGUGUGGCAAUCUUCUCAUUCACCUCAAGUUAAAACUACCGAUUUCACAUCACAAGAAAAUCUUGCAAUGGAGCAUGAAUUUGUAUCUAAGAAUUCGGACUUAGUAAUUGACGAGAUCCUGUCAGUUACCGACGCUUGUCUCGUAGGUGGUAUUUUGGCCGACAAAGAUCCAAAAUUGCGACCAGAUCCAGCACCGGUAUCAUCCGUGGAUGCUAAAGAUUUUGUUAACAAAAUCAAUAUGAUGGACAUAGAGAUGAUGCUCACGUCCACUAAUAUGUCUUCCGAUUUGCACGUUAUUGACUUUGAUUCGUUACUUGAUGAUUUGGAAGACUGUGUCCAUACCGACACAUCUCGCCCACGACCCGAUUGCUAUUGAAUAAUGUUCAAACGUACAAUAGUAUUGGUUUAAAAAAACGAGAAAUUCUGUAUCACGCAUGUGCAUCAGCAAAUCAACUGUA